AGAUGCAGAUGUAGAUGAAGAUGAAGAUAAGGAUGAAGAUGUAGAUGAAGAUGUAGAUGUAGAUAAGGAUGAAGAUGUAGAUAAGGAUGAAGAUGAAGAUGAGGAUGAAGAUGAAGAUGAAGAUGUGAUGAUGACUCAUGAUGAUUUGGGCAGAACGCACACGCACGCACACACAGACACACACACAGACACACAGACACACACAGACACACAAACACAGAGAGAGACGCUGAUCACACAUGGCGGCUCUCUGGCUAUCAUGGAUCAAAAAGUCUGCCAUGACGCUGCUGCUGCUGCUGGUGCAUCUCUGCAGAGGCCAGACGUCUUGUGCCAUCUGGUCCAGCAUUGGCCCCGUAGUCCAGCUAGGUUCCAGUUUUGACCUGUACUGCACCUUCACCUGCGAGUGCCGCCGCUCUAUGUCCAGCGGUCACCCACCCGUACCACAGCACCUUGUUGUGGUCAACUCCAGUACGUCGCGUUUCCACGUGGCCAACAUCACAGAGGACAGAACGUACAGCUGUCAAUGCGGAUGUCCAACACUACUGGAACCCUGCGGCCUUGACAUCAGCGCUGAAUAUCCUCCAGAGCCUCCUACAAAUAUUUCAUGUGAGUACGAAGUACACAGUACUGAGAAAGGAGAUGUGUAUUGUUGGUGGGACAAAGUACAAAGAAGUCAUCCUCCGAGUUCUACUGAGUUGUGGUUGACAAGUGUAUCGGAGUACGAAGAGUCCCACAAAGUGUUUUCCCUGGCUCCAACAGACAAUCGGUUCACCUUCAAUGUGUCCAACAAAGUCCAUCAAGUGUUGCUGUCGGUGCACAUGCACUACACCCUGGGGUCCUCCGUGUCCCAACGCAACUACACACUUGCUGACAUCGCGAGGCCGUGCGCUCCACAGCUGGGGGGUGCAGAGUGCUGGUCCAGGGGCUGCACCGUCAGAGUGUGUGAGUGUGUGAGGUCAUCACAGGUGGAGGUGGAGGUGCAGCACGCCGUGGAUGGACAACACUCAUGGAGCAGCUGUCAGCUCGCAGAGGGACAACUUGGUCUGGAUCAAAUCUGGUCCACUUCCUCUCUGGACCCGGGCCGCUUGUACCGGUUCAGAUCCAGAGCAAAGUUCAGUACGGGUCUGUGGAGCAAGUGGAGCAUAGUCAGGACCGCGUGGACUCAGGAGGAAGUUCCUGACAAAGUACUCGACGUGUGGUACAUCCAACCUUCCUCCACGCUCACCUUCAUCACCGUCUUCUGGAAGGCCAUGAGCGUGUCUGAGGCCAGAGGGAAGAUCUUGGAGUACCGGGUCAGCGUUUACGGUGCCAAGUCCGAGGUGAUGUGGAACAGCAGCCUGGGUGCCAACGUGACCCAGACCUCCGUGCCCUUCUGUGCCCGCUGCCAGGUGGCGCUGUGGGCCAUCAACUCCAAAGGCAGCUCUCCUCCUGCCAACAUCACAGCACAUCAUGCUAAAGCUGCUGGUCAUUUCCAGGUGCGCGCGCAGACAGACCAGCACGGUGUCGCUCUCUGGUGGAGCACAGCUGCACGUGCAGCACAUCACGUGGUGCUGGAAUGGUACCUUGAAGGACUGAUGACGCAACACCUGCAGUGGCUCCGCCUACCUGGAACACAGAGCCACGCCCACAUCACAGGACUAAAAUCAUCCGAGUGCUACGAGGCAAAUAUUUACUUUUUCUAUGAUGAAAGUACAAGUACUACCAGCAACUUUCAACUAAGUAUCAACCAAACAGUUCCUCAGGUUGGUCCAUCAGUCCAACAGGAAGCGGAAGGCGACAGGUUAAAGGUCAAGUGGGCGGAGCUUCCUCGGACUCAGCGAGGCGGAUGUGUGGUGAACUACACCGUCUACUUGCAGUACUCGGAUGGACACGUACUCUCAUACUUGGUGCCAGCAUCACACAGGAAGUUGUUCAUCUCAGAUCUCCAUGCAGGUGUUUACUACCUGUGGAUGACCGCCUCCACGUCUGAGGGGCAAAGUCCUGCUGGUCCAAAAGUCAGGUUUUACAUCCAAUCUGCAAAACAAGAAGUUCCACGGUUCCUCUUUGUUGGUUGCAUCAUCGUGCUGGCAAUGUUGCUCCUGAUGUGCUGCCAGAUUGCUCUCCGGAAAAAAAGGUGUGUGGGACUUUUCUGCUUCCUGUCCAAAGUUCCAGAUCCUGCAAACAGCAAAUGGGCAAAAGAAUGCAGCCAGAAGAUGUUUGAGGAUGAAGAGAAGUUCCAGCUCAGUGAAUCCAGCAUGAAGGGAGGAGAAGAAGAAGAAGAAGAAGAAGAAGAAGAAGAAGAAGAAGAAGAGUUGAUCAUAGAAGUGGAGGAGCUGCCAAAUGUCAAGAUGGACGACGCCUCUUCACCAUCCAUCAUCAGCACCUACAUCAAGACUUACUGCCAACCUUCUCUCUCUCACACCUCCUUCUGCUCACAUCUCACUCACCUUCAGGACCAUCACCUUCACCACCUUCAGGACCAUGACCUUCACCACCUUCAGGACCAUGACCUGCGCCACCUUCAGGACCAUGAACUGCACCACCUUCAGGACCAUGAACUGCACCACCUUCAGGACCAUGGCCUUCACCACCUUCAGGACCAUGAACUGCACCACCUUCAGGACCAUGGCCUUCAGGACCAUGGCCUUCACCACCUUCAGGACCAUGAACUGCACCACCUUCAGGACCAUGGCCUUCAGGACCAUGGCUUUCACCACCUUCAGGACCAUGACCUUCACCACCUUCAGGACCAUGGCCUUCACCACCUUCAGGACCAUGGCCUUCACCGCCUUCAGGACCAUGGCCUUCACAAUUUUCAGGACCAUGGCCUUCAUCACCUUCAGGACCAUCACCUUCAGGAUUAUGGCCUUCACCACCUUCAGGACCAUGGCCUUCACCACCUUCAGGACCAUGGCCUUCACCGCCUUCAGGACCAUGGCCUUCACAAUUUUCAGGACCAUGGCCUUCAUCACCUUCAGGACCAUCACCUUCAGGAUUAUGGCCUUCACCACCUUCAGGACCAUGGCCUUCACCACCUUGACCUGAAGGACCAUCGCCUUACCCACCUUAGCAUUAAGGACCAUGACCUUCACCUCCAGGACCAUCACCUUCAGGACCAUGGCCUUCACCACCUUCAGGACCAUCACCUUCACCACCUUGGCCUGAAGGACCAUCGCCUUACCCACCUUGGCAUUAAGGACCAUGACCUUCAGGACCAUGACCUUCACCUCCAGGACCAUGACCUUCAUGACCAUGGCCUUCACCUUAAGGACCAUGGCCUUCACCACCUUGGCCUGAAGGACCAUCGCCUUACCCACCUUAGCAUUAAGGACCAUGACCUUCACCUCCAGGACCAUGACCUUCAGGACCAUCACCUUCACCACCUUGGCCUGAAGGACCAUCGCCUUACCCACCUUGGCAUUAAGGACCAUGACCUUCAGGACCAUGACCUUCACCUCCAGGACCAUGACCUUCAUGACCAUGGCCUUCACCUUCAGGACCAUGGCCUUCACCACCUUGGCCUGAAGGACCAUCGCCUUACCCACCUAGGCAUUAAGGACCAUGACCUUCACCUCCAGGACCAUGACCUUCAGGACCAUCACCUUCACUACCUUGGCCUGAAGGACCAUCGCCUUACCCACCUUGGCAUUAAGGACCAUGACCUUCAAGACCAUGGCCUUCAGGACCAUGACCUUCACCUUCAGGGACAUGACCUUCACCUUCAGGACCAUGAGGAUGACGAGGAAUGUUCACGCAUGAUGACCUUCAUCCCUGCUUCACACUCCUUCACGCACACACUCGACCUCACGCUAACCCUCGAUACUGUACACAUAGACUGUGGUAUCAUAUUUGAUAACUCAUGAUAGACAUCGAUACUGUACACGUCGACUGUGGUAUCAUAUUUGAUAACUCACGAUCAGCGUUGGGACUAACGCGUUACAAAGUAACGCCGUUAGUGUCAGCGGUAACUAGUAGUCUAACGCAUUAUUUUUUUAUAUUCAGUAACUCAGUUACCGUUACUACAUGAUGCGUUACUGCGUUAUUUUUUAUGUAGUAUCGGCUAGAAACUGACAAGAUCUGAGUGAGUUUUAUUGGAGAGUUGCAGUGCCGUCCUUCUGAAUCUUUCUGUGUCACACGGAAGAGAAGAGGUGCACUCUGUGUGUG